AAUUUUAUAACCUCUUCCGAGGUUUGGGUCGUGUUGUUAUUUACAAGUGUUUGGCAAACUUUGGACUGAAUUUCCUUGGAAUUUCUAAGUAGACCUUCUUUUUAGAUCAAUUUUAUUCAUGACCCAUACGGAUUCUUGACAGUACCUGAGAAAACGCUUGUUUUAAGUUAAAUAUAUCAGAACCCUUUGAAUUUCGUAUCAACAGAAUGGCUCUAGUGUCAUAUGUGGAUAUAUUGGAAGUUGUUGGGGAACUGAAAGAUUUCAAAGUCAAACUUGUUGAAGGAGAGGGAAUUGCUAAUAGAGGUGGCAUUAAAGAGAUCAGAGUGAAUGAGAGGGGACCAGGUGUCAGCGAUAUAUCAGCAUUGUGUGAAUCAAACGUAGAAGAUCAGAUCCCAUAUUCUAUUUCAAUUUCUGUAGUCGAGGAACCACGUCUCUUGCAUUGUGAAUGCUCCUGUCUUGAUGGAAAGUCUGGAAAGUGCCAACACGUAGUUGCAACAUUGAUACAUAUUCAUAGAAAUAAUAUUACUAUUGAGGGUCUGAGAGGUUCAAAAGAAGAAAAAGUAAGAAAGCCCCAGGUAGCAGAUCUAACUUGCAGCUCAAAUGCUUUUCUUGGAGAAGAGUUUUCAACAAAUACUUGCCCAUCUUCUUUAGUUAGUUUAAGCGAUAAUUCUGUUUCAAGAGUCCCAACAAAUUUGGAAGAUAGAAAAUUUCAAGAUGAAAAGAGCAAUAUUUUGUCAGGAGCAACUCAGCCAGUCACAAAAGCAGAAGAGGUUAUUAGCAUGGAAACAAAUAUGGAUGCAGAACUUGUUGAAGACAUUGUGACAUUAGAGAAAAGUAUGAAUCCUUGCAAUGAAGAUGGUACACCAAUGGAUGUGGACCCAAAUCUAGUUCAGAGAAUGGGGCGAGGUCACCGAAAAUCAGUCCCUAAUCCAAAAUACACUAAUGAAAACAAAAGAUUUACGUGCUUGGUGUGCUCUAAAGGAUUUGGAAAAAAGGCACAUUAUGAAGAACAUGUGAGGAGCCAUACUGGUGAGAAACCAUAUGUUUGUGAUAUAUGUGGUCAAGGAUAUGCCCAAAAACGAACUCUUUUAAAACACAAAGAGAAUGGCCAGGAAGGAGGUUGCAAAGCAGGAGUGAAACUUAAAUGUCAUCUCUGUGGUUGUUCUUUUAAGAAUCAGUCUCAACUUGACUCUCACGUGCUUAGCCACACCAGUGAUGGGGACCUUAAAUGCUUGGACUGUUCCAAACUUUUUACAAAUUUAAAAGAAUUAGAAGUACAUAAACAGGUGCAUGGUCCAGCAAUAUCAAAUUCAACUAAAAGUAACCAAAAUAGAGCACAAAAUGAGUUUAUGUGUGAUAUUUGUGGAAAGGGUUUUCAGAAAUUAGCUCAACUUACAGUGCACAAGCACACGCACACUGAUGACAAACCUUUCAAGUGCACACAGUGUCCAAAACAGUUUGGUCGACUUAGUGCGUUUAAAGCACAUAAGCAUGAUAAAGCGGACAGUUCUUCAUCAGAAUCAACCGCCACAGCAACUGCUUCUCGGAAAAGAACUAUCAUUAAGUGUGAAACAUGUGGUAAAGAAUUUACUAACCGAGUCCACCAUGAGGAGCAUGUCAGGAGUCAUACUGGAGAGAGGCCAUUUCAAUGUGUGGAAUGUGGAAAAGGGUUUGCUACAAAGCGCUCGCUAAGAAACCACAAUCACCUGGGAAAAAAUGCCCGUGAACGUCCGCACAUGUGCUCACAGUGCCCUGCAACUUUCACCACAGGCUUUAUGUUAAAAAUUCAUGAAAAAGGACACUCUGGUGAGAAACCUUUUGCUUGUGAUGAAUGUGGGAAAGCAUAUCGUUCUCAACAUGUGUAUCAAGAUCAUCUAAAUCAACACAAAGGGAUUAAAGCUCACAAAUGUAAGGAAUGUGGAAAGUGCUUCACAUGGCGAACAUCUCUGUGGGCACACACAAAAGAGCAUUCAAAAGAGAAACCAUUUGAAUGUGUUCAAUGUGGUGCCAAAUUUGCUGAGCAGACCGAAUUGAAAGAUCAUUGGGAAGUUCAUUUUGAUGACAAGCCCUUCCAAUGUCCUGAAUGUGGAAUAGGAUUCAUGUUAGAGGCUGAUUGUGAAAAGCAUCUUGAAAUUCAUAAGAUGUCACCCUCCUAUUGUUGUACCAAAUGUGAUGAGAAGUUUGUGUGGGCUGAAGAACUGAAUCGACAUAUGUAUUCACAUAAAGAAAAGAAAAGGUGUCUAUGUCCAACAUGUGGACAGACCUUUUCAAGUAAAGGCCAUUUAAAAGUGCAUAUGCUUAUACAUACUGGAGAAAAGCCCUUUGAGUGUGAAACUUGUCAUAAACGCUUUUAUACCCGCAGUCUGAUGAGGAAGCAUGCAGUUUUUCAUUCAAAUGAACGGCCAUUUGAAUGUGCUCUUUGUGGUGAUAAAUUUCCAACACAAGGAAUUUUGCGUGCACAUGUAAGAACUCACACUGGAGAAAGACCAUACUCUUGUGAAGAAUGUGGAAAAUCAUUUCCUCAAAACACAUACCUUAAGCGUCACAUGUUGACUCAUACAGGAGAAAGACCCUUUCCAUGCCCUCACUGUGAUAAUGCAUUUGUCUCUCGCUAUGACCUCAAGAUUCAUCUACGUACCCACACUGGUGAGAAGCCUUUUGGUUGUGAUGAAUGUGAAGAGCAAUUCUAUGAACGUGCACAACUUACUGCCCAUCAACGGACUCAUACAGGGGAGAGAGCAUACUCGUGUGAUCUGUGUGGGAAAGGGUUCAACAAUAGCAAUCAUGUGAAGAAACAUUUUGUGCGUGUUCACCCAGAUGUAGCACCAUUUUCUUGUUCAGAUUGUGGAGAAAGAUUUGUUAUGUGUGAGGCUCUUCGCAAACAUAAAAAGAGCAUACACCUUUUAGGUGCAGAUGUUGUGAGACAGUCAUCUUCUGAAGAGGAAUCUGCUUUAGAUCUGAUUUCAAAAGAAAAAAAGAAAGACCCUCUCAACCGCCUGAUUGAGGAUAGCCAAAUUUUAGUUGAAGAGGAGUCAGAUACUUCUUGUGAUAAUGUAAAUCAAGCUGACUCUGCAGUUCUCCCCGAAGGAUAUGAAAUUGUUCAAGUUAAUCUAGUGGAUUCCUCUGAGCUAGAGAAACUUCCUGAAGGUUACAGGUGUGAGACUGUAGAGGUGUAUCAUGCAGAAUCCUUAGCAGGUUUUGAGGAAAGUGGAGAGUUUCAGGCUGUUAGCAUAACUUCUAUUCCAAGUGAUAUAGGUGCCACUCCAGUUAACCUCUCCUGCCGCAUUGCUGUUAAAAGGAAAACAUCAUUGUAGUAUAACUUCUCAUUUUUAAAAAAAUUGUGUACAAAAUGUAUAAAUUGUCUUAGGCAGUAGUUGGUACCAUUUUGAGGUAUAUUAAACUCUAAGGAACAGUU